AUGGCGUGGCAGCUGAGGGCCUCAGUGGUGCGCGUCCCGCGAUUUACUCUUCGUUUUGCCGGCAGCGGUAGAAUUGAGGACAUGCGCCUGUUUACACAAACGCUCUACACGUACUGGUACAACAAGGGGUUUUGGGGCGCCACCAUUUCCUCGGCAGUUGAUUUUCUCAACACCUUCGUUCUCUUCAUCGUGGCAGUUAUCUUCACGAUGCAGUUUGACUGGGGGAUAGCUCUGAGCUGUGCGGAACCGGAGUGUGCCGUGCACCCGCUGGUGAAGGGGCUGCACGCCCCGUACAUUUUCCGUAGCACCUUCUGGGGUCACCUGUGGGGAUUCAUUCUCGUUAGCUCCACUCUCGGCUCCUGCAUGUACGAACUGAUGCGUUUUGUGGAGACGUAUUACUUACAGUACGAGAUGGAGGAGGUUGCCCGUGAGGCAGCUGUCGACACCGGCUUCCUUACCCCGCUGCACCGCUGGAGCUAUCAUUUGCGGCGCGGCCUGGAUGGGCGAAGCGGGCACGAGUUCAUUGGCUUGUGCGGCGGCAACACAAUCGCGCUCAGCACUGCGGGAUGGGGCGAGUUUCUAGAGACUAUUUGCGCGGCGGUGGGUCGCAGCGGCAGCGUUAAAUUUGGUGCCCCCGGGGAGCCGCUCGAUCCCUUGCGUGCUGUUCAAGGUCUUAUGCAAUUGGAGAACUACUUGAUUGCGAUCCACGAGGCUGGCGCGCUGCAGGACACCGCAUUGCAGUACGUCAGCCCAAGCGUGAUCACGGCCUUACUCGACUCCAUGUUUGAUGCCUUCCGUACAGUCGAGUCCCGGCACAAGUGCAUAUGGGCCGUCCGCACCACCAUGGUCGCUCAUGCCGUGUUUUACGGGGCGGGGUUUCUCUUCUUUUUCGUGUACGUGAUUCUCAAGGUGCUCGUGAAGCACGCGGCCCAGGUCAAGGUGAACUACUUGGCCCUUUCCCAGCGCAUGUGGACGACAGAUGCGCAGUGGCGCUUUCGGCUGUACAACGAGGUGGAACACCUGCAUGCGUGUCGCCUGUAUGCCGGGGCGGAGGUGGCGGAGCGCAUGGUGGAUCGACUGCGAGUGUCGAACAGCGCAUCUCGAUUUGUGCGGCGGGUCUGUAAUACGUGCGUGCUGGUGACUGCCGUCCUCUCCUUCUUGAACCCGGCCCUCCUCAUCAGUGCCUCAAUUGGCGGACUGACCCUUUUUUGGUGGCUCACGCUUUCUUUGAUGCUGUAUGCGUGCGUUCCAGAAUUGGAUCCGCGGGAACGGGAGUACGCGUACAUGACCGACCUGGAGCGGCUCGUUGACUGCAUCCACUACGACGCGCCGCAGUGGUUCCACUCGGCGGACGCGUUCUACGAGCACAUCACGGAGACCUUCUUCAAAAAUCGACUGCGUGUCCUCAUAGCUGACCUCCUCGAGAGUCUAGCGCUGCCUGUCGUACUCUUGUAUGCCCUACGGGACGGCAGCGUCGAGGUGUUGGUCGAUUUUGUCCUACAGCACUCGACAAUGGUCGACGGUGUCGGCUCGAUUGCAGUAGGCUCUGACUGGAGCGUCUCUUCCCUCUCCAAGGCACCUCCGGAGGAGAACGACUCCAGCGAGAUCAACCUCACAUCAGCAUCGACGCACAGUAACAACGCUGAAGUAAGCGCCACAUUGCUCGGCAGGGCAGCAGCUGUUACCGGCUCUACACACAAGCGUGCGGAGAAGGUGGAGCUGUCGGUGGCCAGUUUUGCUGCGGUGUACUCGCAGUGGACGCUGCGGCACAUCGACGGCCAGACGGGCCGGGAGUCUCCGACAACCCGCGAGGACGCUGCCCUCAACGACUUCUUGCGACGGCUAAGCAUCCGCGUGCGAGAGGCAGCCACAACGCAGGCUGUCAGUCCCGCUUCCGCUGACGAUCUGACGAUCUCCAGAGACUCGCUUGCGCCGUUGAAGUCAGUGCGCUCGGAGCGCCGCUUUACGACAACCCGAGAAGACACCGAGCAACGAAUCGACCGGGCCGACGGCGACACCAGCGGGUUGCCGGCGUUCGCAGCUGGCUGUACAACUGCGCACGAGCGUGAGCAGCUGUUCGUGUCGCAGGUGUCGUUGUUGCGCCACGCUUUGCGCUUCUCCCGGGCAGCUCAGCGACCGCCACACUGGCGAGAUACCGCGGGCUACGGAACUGAAAAGUGA